UCUGGAGGAUUUAGAGCGUGACUCCGAGGGUGAAUUUUCAAUCUGGAGGAUUUCACUUUCUGGAGGAAAAUCUGGAGGAUUUAUGUUACCAAUAAAAUGACACUUUAAAAAAAGGGGAAAAUUGCAUGAUCCUGAAUAAUGUUUACAUAUAAUAAAUUACACACACAAAAAAGUGUUCAUAAUCAUUCACAACAACCUAUUUGCCUUUAUCAUUGUGUUUUACUUAUUUAUCUUAGGAAUUCUUGAAUAUUGUUUCUGCUUGUUUUGACGAUUUGAAUCGUUUUGUUUACACUUUACAAAUUCCUUCUUUCCGGUUGUGAUGUGAUGUGAGAUGUCGUGUUGCGAGUAAUUUGCCUUAUUUUUAUUUGUACCUACCGAAUUGUGAUCAUUUUCAAGCAUGGGAAAACACCAGUACACACAACGGUACAAAUCGGAUUGGGAGAAAGAGCCUGCUCUCCGCGGUUGGUUGGCACCAGUUGAGGGCGACAGCUCUCGUGCGCGGUGCAAAUGGUGUGGAUCGACGCACAUGGCGAAGCACAAAGAUCUCGAAGACCAUGCUAAGUCUGCAAAGCACAAGAAAAGCGCUGUGGGUGUUAAGUCAGCCAGAAUAAAUCAGUGUUUCCCAGCUGCCACGUCAAGCCAUGUGGAGUCGGUGAAACGGGCGGAGCUGCAUUUGGCUCUACACAUUGCUGAGCAUGGAUCGAACGCAUCGGUGGACCAUCUCGGUGAGGUCCUGUCGAAACGUGUGGACCCCAAAUCCGCGAUCCUGAAGGACCUACGCCUUCAUCGCACUAAGUGUUCCGGCAUCAUCAAGCACAUCCUGGGACCGGUCCUUCACGAUGAACUCCUUCAAGACAUGAAGGGAUCCUUCUUCAGCCUGGUUAUAGAUGAGUCUACAGAUGUUUCGGAUUGCCAGUGUUUGGGUGUGAUGGUCCGCUAUUUUAGCAGGCGUCAUAAGCGCGUGAUAACCACCCUGUAUCGCCUGAUUAAACUGGAGUCGGUGACGGCGGAUGCCAUCACGCAGGCGGUGCUCGACGCACUCGAGAAGGACGGUCUCCCAGUGCAUAGGCUCGUUGGGAUCGGUGUUGAUGGGGCGAGUAGUAUGGUAGGUCGGCAUCAUUCUGUCAGUACUCUGUUGAAGGAUAAGGUCCCUCACCUCAUGGUAGUCCGAUGUUUGUGUCACUCUCUGAACUUGGCAGCUAGUCAUGCGUGUGCCGUGCUUCCCCGGCAUCUGGACUAUCUCAUUCGAGAGACGCACAAUUGGUUCGCUCUAAGCCCAAAACGUCAAAGGGAGUACGAACAAGUCUUUAAGACUCUCAAUCCCGGAGAGAACAACAUCAAAAUCCCUAAGGUGGCAGAGACAAGGUGGCUAAGUCGUGGGAAAGCGGUGAGCACCAUUUUGGAUCAGUACCACGAGUUGAAAAUGAUAUUUCAACUCGCGAAAGACCGGGAUAGGUGCUAUCAGGCAGAGGUGUUGUAUAACAUGUACAACGACCCGCAAAACCAUCUUUACCUGACCUUCAUGUCGUCACAGCUGAAGGCUAUCGACCGUCUGAACAGAGUGUUUCAGAGCGUAAACCCCGAUCCUUGUGUAAUUCACAAAGACUUGCAGUCAUUUGUGCAGGACUUGCUCCAACAAAUUGUGAUGCCGGCAACACUGAAAGGUACAUCUGCUGACCAGCUGCCAGGACUUGAUAUACGUGCGAACCUCAUUCCAGCCCGAGCAGUGUUCCUCGGACAUACGUAUCAUAUAGAGGAGGGGAAGGUUUCAGAUGCACAAGGUGUGAUUGUUCGUGAAAAGUGCCGCGAGUUUUUAGUCGCCCUGGCAGAGCAGGUUCAGAAACGGCUUCCGGACAACGUGGCAAUGCUGUCCGAUUUGACCCGACUGUCGGUGGGACCCGAUGCUGGACCGAGGCGUUCCAUCUCGGGUAUCGCUGCCAGAUUUUCAACGAUAUCGGGAGAUCCAGAUGAGGUUGAGAGGGAGUGGGUCGCACUGCACCGCGACGAGCUGACCCAGGAUGGCGCGGGCCAGGAUCGCGAGCAGUUUUGGGCAGACAUGAGUGAAAUAUGCAUGGCCAAUGGUGAAAAGAAAUACCAGCACGUGUCUGAUUUGGCGAUGGCAAUUUUGAGCACGCCUGUCUCAAAUGCAUCGGUGGAGCGUCUGUUUUCUGUUAUGAAUGUAGUUAAGUGCAAACAGCGAAAUGCGAUGGGCAUUGACAUGCUUGAGGCGAUAUUGACUGUGCGAUCAUACCUAGCCAACUUCCGUCAGUCAUGUGUGACUUACGAGGUUUCUGACCGGAUGCUGGCAGCCUUCCGCAGCGAUGUUAUUUAUUCCUGUGAGUGGCCAGAGGGUCUGUGAGCUAUAAGUAGGUAUGGUAAAUAUAUGCGCCUAUGCGCACCCAUGGUUCAGUCUGACAUUUUGUAACGACAGUUCGAUGGCUGCGAAAGAGCAUUGCUAGUGUGAUAUAUGAUUAAGAGAAUUGGAAUGCAUCUGUAUUAAUGCCCCGUGUUAAUGACGGUCUGAUUUUUAUGUUCGGUAAGUUACCGGUGGAUCGACUAUAGAAUCUGGAGGAAUCUGGAGGAUUUCAGCGCGGACGCUGGAGGAUUUUCUACCUGACCAUCUGGCAGCAC